AUGUACAAAGUUUCUGAAACAGUAAAAGAAGCAGUUGUAUAUAUUAUUGAAUCUCAUAAUAAUUUACCAAAUACUUCUGAAAAUAAACAUUCAAAUGAACAAUUAAGUUUAGAUAAAUUUCUUGAAAGUACAACUAUUCCAGAUAAAUGUAUUAAAUUAAUAAACAGAGUACUUAUUAAAGCAUUUGUAUAUUGUAAAUUACCUUGGAGACUUAUAGAACAUCUAUUUUUUAUUGAAUUUUUAAAACAACUUUAUCUUGCUUAUACUCCACCUUAUGGAUGGACUAGUUUAACAGAUAUUUAUUUAGAUAAUAGUAAAGAUAUUUUUUGGAAAAUUCAAGAUUAUUCAAAUGCAAGUCAUACUGCUGAUUUUUUAACAAAAGAAAUUCAAAAAAUACUUAAAGAUAUUGGAACUGAAAAAUUUAUUGAAAUAGAGAUGCUAAUAUUAAUUUAG